GGCGCGAAGAUGGCGGCGGUGAUGGCGGCGCCCGAGGCUGUGGCGGCGCCGAGCUCGCUGCUGCUGCUGGUGGUGGGCGGCGAGUGCGGCUGCCCGGGGCUGCUGGCCCACAUCCUGGAGGAGCUGGAACGAGGUGUCCGCUCCUGGGAGGAUGUGGACCCCGCUGUCUGCAGUCUGGAUGAGCAGCUCAAGGCCUUCGUGUCCCGGCACUCGGCCACCUUCUCCAGCAUUGUCAAAGGCCAGCGGAGCCUGCACCACCGUGGGGAGACCCUGGAGACUCUGGUGCUGCUGAACCCUUCAGACAAAUCCCUGUGCGAUGAGCUCCGGAACCUCCUGAUGGACCCGGCCCCUCACAAACUACUGGUGCUGGCAGGGCCCUGCCUGGAGGAGACCGGGGAGCUGCUGCUACAGACCGGGGGGUUCUCAGCCCAGCACUUCCUACAGGUGCUGGGGGACAAAGAGGUUCAGGAGGCGCUAGCCUCAGCACCCACUGCCCCACCGGCCCUUACCGUGUCCUGUCCGACCUUUGGGGACUGGGCGCUACUGGGUCCCGCACCCGGACUGCGGCUGCGACUGAACCCUCCCGCGCGGCUGCCUGCCUCCGAGGGCCUGCGAGCCUUUCUGGAAUAUGUGGCCGAGUCCCUAGAGCCGCCAUCGCCCUUUGAGCUGCUGGAGCCCCCAGCCGCGGGCGGCUUCCUGCGCCUGGCCCGGCCCUGCUGCUACGUGUUCCCGGGCGGCCUGGGCGACGCUGCGUUUUUUGCAGUCAACGGCUUCACUGUGCUGGUGAAUGGCGGCUCCAACCCUAAGUCGAGCUUCUGGAAGCUGGUGCGCCAUCUGGACCGCGUGGACGCUGUGCUAGUGACCCACGCGGGUGCCGACAGCCUGCCCGGCCUCAAUAGCCUGCUGCGCCGCAAGUUGGCAGAGCGCGAGGCAGCCGCAGGGCCGCAGGGACAGCAUGAGGAGAGACUGCGGCGCCUACUGUCGCCUGCCCUGGGUGUCGUGUUCCUGAAUGCGCGCCAGGCAGCGUCUCGGUUGCGUGGGGGUGAGGAUGAGGCGGUCUGUGCUCGGGGCCUGCUACGGAGCCUGGGUAUCGCGCCCCUACCCCUGCAGCGUGGCCCGCAGCCCACGCGCCCCACCACCCUCUUCGAGAAGCUGGGCGUCGGCCGUCUUGAGCUCUUUGUGCUGCACCCGCCACCUGGGGACCCUGCGGCACCCGCCUGCGCUCUGCUGGUGUGGCAGCCUGCUGCGCCCAGUGACAAGGUGGUGCGUGUGCUAUUUCCAGGCCACACACCGCCUGCACGCCUACUGGACGGGCUGCAGCGCCUGCAGCAUCUGCCGUGCCUGCGCCGGCCAGUGGUCACUGCACGUGACUUGGAUACACCAGCAAGGGCCGACAGCCAGGACAGCUUGGCCUCACGGGACAGCUCGCGCAAAGAGCCGGUCCGGAGCACCAGCACCGUCGCCAGCUCCACCGGCAGGAACACAGUGCGAAGGGAGUCUGCUCCACCCAUGCGUGACCUAAAGAAGGACACAAAACCUGGGCCUGCACGGCCUACAGUCCGCGACGUGCGUCGCUCUGGGCCUGGUGUCACCAACAUGAAGCCGCGCGUGUCACAGAACGGGCCUCGUGCCCCGGUUUCAGUAGGGCCCCCUUCCGCUCAUGGACCUGAGUGCCCCGGAGCAGCUGGGAGCAGUGUGGAGCCUGAGCAGCCACCUGCCCCAUCCCCGACCCUGUCCCCAGCUCGGUCCCCACAACCUACCGCACCUGGCAGUAGCCCUGAGCACCUGUCACUCAGCCCGCUGCGCCCUGAGCCCGCUCCAGAUGCAUCGCCCUCAGCCACUACACCCACGGCCACAACACCCACAUUGACCACGCCCUCGUUGCCCGCGGAGUUGGGCUCACCGCACUCUACUGAGGUAGAUGAGUCACUGUCUGUGUCCUUCGAGCAGGUGCUACCAGCAGGCGACUCGGGGCUUAGCCUUCCCCUGCGCCUUGCGCGCCGCUCCACAUCUCCGCACGACGUGGACCUGUGCCUCGUUUCACCCUGUGAGUUUGCACACCGCAAACCGCCCCCUCCCACAUCUCCAGGCAGCUCAGACAGCAGCGCCCAUUCACAGGAGCGGCCACCUGAGACGCCGCCCACGUCGGUGAGUGAGUCACUGCCCACACUGUCUGACUCUGACCCCGUGCCUGUUGUGGACUCCGACGAUGAUGCAGGCGGCGAGAGUGCAGCCAGGGACCCGCUGCCCACUCCCCGUGUGCCACCACCGCUGCCCGAUGCACCCGGCAUCUGUAUGGUGGAUCCUGAGGCGCUGCCGUCCCGCUCCAGGCAGCCCCCCAACCCUGCCAAUACCAGUCGCAGCCGCAAGGCCCCUGCAAGGCCCAGCUCCGCCUCUGCCGCCCCCAGAGCUGCACCCUUAGCCGCCAAGACCAAGGGCCCUACGGGGGACCGGGCCCGGCCCCUGAGCGCCCGCAGUGAGCCCGCAGACAAGCCAGGCCGUGUGCCCCUCACCAGGAAGCCCUCGGUCCCUAAGACCGCCCCCAAAGCCCCUGGCACGAGGAUCUCCUCAGGGCCCAGUAGCCGCCCUAUGCCACCCACUGCUGGCUCCCCUGUCUACUUGGACCUGGCCUACCUGCCCGGGGGUGGCGCGGGCCACCUGGACCAGGACUUCUUCCUGCGGGUGCGUGCACUCUGCUAUGUCAUCAGUGGGCAGGGCCAGCGCCAGGAGGAGGGGCUGCGUGCUGUGUUGGACGCACUGUUGGCCGGCAAGCAGCAGUGGGACCUUGACCUGCAGGUCACGCUGAUCCCCACCUUCGACUCCGCGGUGAUGCACAGGUGGUAUGAGGAGACGCAUGAGCAGCACCAGGCGCUGGGCAUCAGGGUGCUGGGCAGUGGCAGCAUGGUGUCCAUGCAGGAUGAGGCCUUCCCGGCGUGCAAGGUGGAGUUCUAGCUGGGGCCGCAGUGCACCCUGGGGCAGUGCACCCUGGGACCCAGGUUGCGGCUCUGUACUCCGCGCUGAACCCCGACACCGCAUUCGAGUGAGCCACUGUGUGACACACCAGCUUCCAUCCUAGAGCCACAGAUGGGGAGGCAGUGCUGCUCUUACCAGCUGUUGAGCUGGCCACGGGGCAGGCACAACUACCCAUGCUCUCCUUCCUAGCACUCAGGUUGCAGAGGCAGGAGGUUCAUGUGGGUUCCAGGCUGUCCUGGUCUCACACAAGAUAAAGCGGAUGGGGAAGAUUUUGUUCUUGAAGUCUUAGGGUUUCUUGUGCUUGGUAAACACCUCGGCUGUAAACACCUAGAGAGGUUUGCUGGAGGCAGGAAGGAGCCUGGAGGCCACGGAGGGUGCUGCUUACUGGCUUCUCCCACGCUUGUCAGCUGUUCUCUUAUGCACCCAGGCCAGUCUGGAGGCACAGAUUUUAGUUUAUGUUCCCUCUUCUCAACGGCUCUCGCCACCACACUUGGAGAGAAUCUAACAAGGAAAACAGACUGGGGUGUGCUCGGUAGUCCUCUGUCAGCUCAACACAAGCUGGAGUCACCUGAGAGGAGGGAGCCCCAGCUGGGAAAAUGCCUCUGCUAGAUCAGGCUGUGGGCUGCCUGGGGGCAUUUUCCUAAUUAGUGAUUGAUGGGGACAGCCGAGUCCACUAAGGAUGGGACCACAACUGGACAGGUGGUCCUGGGUUCCGUAAGAAAGCAGACAGAGUUGCCGGGCGGUGGUGGCGCAGGCCUUUAAUCCCAGCACUUGGGAGGCAGAGGCAGGCGGAUCUCUGUGAGUUCGAGACCAGCCUGGUCUACAAGAGCUAGUUCCAGGACAGGCUCCAAAACCACAGAGAAACCCUGUCUCGAAAAACCAAAAAAAAAAAAAAGAAAGCAGACAGAGCAAGCCACCAGGAAGCAGUAUCUUCCAUGGCCUCUGCAUCAACUCCUGCCUCCAAGUUUCUGUCCUCUGUGAGUUCCUGUGAUAAUGAACACCAAAUAAACCCUUU